UUUUAUUUUUUUAUAAAGUAUUAAAAAUAUCUUAUUAUAUUUUAUAAAAUAUUAAAGAUAUGUUAUUUCCUGUAAAUAUAGGAAAAAAUAGGACAAUGUUUAUUUUUAUGUUUAUUUCUAUUUUUGGGGUAUUAUAUACGCGAAAUAAAACCUAUAUAUUAAUGCAUUUGGGGCAGAUAACAUACUCUAUGUUAUUUUAAAAUCUUUACCUUAAAUUAUUACUUUAACCUCAAAUAGGUUAUAGUAACGUUAUUUCAAAAUCCCAUAAUUAAGGAGCGGUAACAUAGUUCUAUGUUUUUCACCUAUUUAAAUAGCACAAUUCAUAUAAAAUCGCGUAGGUUUAUCGAUACAAACAUACUGUUUAAAAAUUCUUAUAUUUGAUCGCACUGCAAAAUCAACUUAAAAGUUGGAGCAUAAGACUGAAUCGCAAAUCAAGCCACAGAUCGCAAAUCUGAUCUCGAAAUAGUGAUAAUAACCAAAAUAUAUUUAUAUUGAUAAACUUUUAGGAUUCCAGCUCGAAUCCGAAGAAAAUUUCACCUCUUAUGUUAUAUAUUUCAGUAAACGAUUAGAUAACAUUACCUUUAUUCUUCAUCGAAAUCCAAUCUAUCCAUCAAAUAUCAUUGUUUAUACUAAUUAUAAAAUCUCUAGUCAAGACGUAAAUAUAUGUUCAAAGAGAUAAACAUAGCAACUUGUUUUGUAACGCGAAAUUGAGAACUGAAAGAAAGGACUGUUUACUUUCGAUUACUACUUCGAUAGAUCGUAGCAAGAACCAGUAUCGCCUCCUAUUGGUUAAUUUUAUAGAUGUAUACACGAAUAUAUACUUAUAGUCGAACAAAACGAUAGAAGUACGAUAUUGGCAUCGAGAUCGUAAUGUGUGUGUGCAAUUAAACUACGUCAGUUAAUAAUUUGUCACUCGUAUUUAUUUUAAUAAAUUAUAUUUUAUAUAAUUAUAUAUUAAAAAAAUUAGAAACUAAUAGUGGAAUUGAUUAAAAUUAAAAUAAUUAAAAUAAUUCACAUCUUGUUCUACAUAACCAAUAGAGAGAUCGCUUAUAUUGGUAAAAUUAUAUCAAUAACACGAGUAACUCGAAGACUUAGGAAAAAGAUUUCUUCUUAUUUCCUUCCAUUUUCUUCUUUAUGAUAUAAAUUAAUCAUAACAAUGUAAUAAUGGCUGAUCUCUUUGACAUAGCGAACAUAAUUACAAGCGUAGGCGUUGGUGCCGUCAAAAUUAAAUCGGAACCGGGUUUGCCGGAAAAAUCGUCGAAUGAAAUUUUGACAGAACUUUUUAGUACAUUCGAUGCAGAUGAGGGAAUAGUAUCACCAGAGAAUAGUGAUCAACAAGUUCCAGAUGCAAUUGUUAAAGCAGAGAAAAAAGAAAAAACACAAAUGGAAAAAAGAAAAAAAAAGAGCAAAAAAAAGCAUAAACAUAAAGAAAAAAAGCAUAAAAAGAGGUCUAAACACACUUCUUCGGAUAGUAACAACAGUGAUAUAGAAAGUACUGUCAGUAAGAAAAAAAAGAAACAUAGGAAAAAGUCUAAGCGUAAACACGAAUCACAUUCGAGCAAAUCAUCGGAAUCUGAUGAACCUAAAUCCAAAAUUGCAAAAGUUGAUACUAAUGUUUCCCUUACCGAAGAACAGAAUAUCGGAGUUGACGUCUCUGAUAAAGAGCGUGUUGAUGAUGUACAAUCGAGAGAAAUAGCGUCGAUAAAGGAAGAGACCAAAUCUACGAACGUAUGUACGAUCCAUGCUAAAGAAGAUAGAGAUCUUGGAAGUCCUAAGUUACCACCUAUUCCAAAAAAGAUAGAUGACGAAUUUGAAGAAUCGGUACUACCAAAAAUUCUUGAUAAACCAAAACAGCCUGUGCAAGGAAAAAUCAUUAUAAAGGAUCUCAAAAAUAGUAUUGUCUACAAUGAAACCGUAAAGGAAAUAGAGAAUAAGGAAAAGGCAAAAGCUGCACGCAUGGAAGAUGGUGAAUUAACAGACAGCAGUAAUAAUAAUAGAACACCGACGUUAAGUCCUACACCACCACCAUGUAAUUCAUUUAGAUCUCCCACAUUAAGUCCUGAUGAUACGCUUAAAUCUGAAUCAACAGGUCCCUUGAAAUCUAAAAACGAUCUUAGAUUAAUUUUAAGAGAGAAAGAAAAGAAAAGAUUGGAGGUGACAGGAAAAUCAAGAAAUUAUGGCGAUAAGGAUCGUAAAGAUACGAAAGUAUAUAAUAAAGUUAAAAACAAAAAUUGCAAACGUAGUCGAAGUUGCCAUUCACAAGAAAGAAAUAGAUCAGACUCUCAAACACGUUCUCAUCGUAGUAGGAGUAGAGACAGAGAAAAACAUUCUGAUAAAAGUAAGGAGAGACGUGACAGAGAUAGAAGCUUCGAACGACGAGAAUUGGGAAGAAGUAGGGAAAGGAAGAGGCACAAAAGUCGUAGUAGAGAUAGGAGUAGGGACAAGUAUACAAGAGGAAGAAGUAGAAGUAAAGAAAGGAAGGAGCGUAUCGAAAUUGAUAAAAAAAAGCUACUGGAUGAACUUACAGAUUUUUGUAAAUCAUUGUCAAAGUCUGAAGCAUUAGGAGAAUUAUCUAAUCUUUCUUCCGAAGAAGAUGGAAGCGAGUCUGAAAAAGGUUUUCAUCAUCCAUUUCUUCUCAAAGAAAGGCCAAGUCCUAUUGUUAUGAAUAUUCGAAAUGCAAAACAAUUGCCAACAAAAACAUUUCAAGAAAAGACAGCUGAAUCUUCAAAUCAAUUGCGUCUUCAAUUUCCUGUAUCUAGUGGUCAGCAUCAUAGAAAAACUGAAAGCGAAUGGAUCCCUGUGACACCAAAAAAACCGGAACAGAAGAAACCAUUUGUACCAGCAUCGAUGCCAACUGAACCAAUUUCGAUAGUGCCUAAGCCAUGUCCUGUACAGCCAGUACAAUCUAUACAGCCAGUAGUUUUUCCACGAACAUCUAUGCCAGUUGACAUUGGAUCCAUAGUGUCACAGAGAUUAGCUGCAAUGAGAAAGCUGAGAGAAAAUCCGAACGAUGUUGGUGCGUUGAAUGAAAUGUAUAGAGCACAAAAUGAGAUGAGAACCUGGGCAGAAAGUAAACAAAUGCCAGGCCAGUUUACUGGUAGUACAGGUGCCAAAGUGCUCUCACCUGCUGAGCUUACUUCAGGUUAUCAAGCAUGGGCUCAUAAGGAUCAAUUAGUGUCUGCACAACCUGUAUCUGGUGGUAUGGGAAUGGCUUUAUUACAAAAGAUGGGCUGGCGACCAGGUGAGGGUUUGGGUAAAAAUAAGGAAGGUACAUUGGAACCGUUACAGCUAGAAGUGAAAUUAGAUAAAAGAGGUCUUAUUUCGGAACAAGAUAUUGGACAAAAGACGAAUAAAACGGCAAAACCAAUAGUUCCGGCUAUUAAAACGUUAGAAGGGAAGCAUCCAGUAUCGCUACUUGGAGAAUAUUGUUCAAAAAGAAAACUUGGUGCUCCUGUAUACGAAUUGUGCUUUGAGUGUGGCCCAGAUCAUAGAAAAAACUUUCUCUUUAAAGUAAAAGUAAAUGGUAUUGAAUAUAAACCAAGCGUUGCUAGUCCUAACAAGAAGCAAGCUAAAGCAGAAGCUGCACAAAUAUGUUUACAAACCUUGGGUUUAUUAUCUUCUUAGAUUAUUGUUUCGAUAUUGCACAUUGUAUAAAUUAUUUAAUCUAAUGUAAGCUUACAUUAAACUACUCAAUUUAUUCAAUGUAUAUGUGUUUUGUAAUGUAUCUUCUUCUAAUUAUAACUAUCCAUCAUUA